AUGUGGGCUAAGUGCAAGGAGCAGCCAGUGGUUCCACUUGGCUCCCUUGCCACAGCUGGUGCGGUGAUUUUGGCGGCCAGAUCCAUGAAAAGAGGCGAGAAACUCAAGACACAAAAGUACUUCCGUUACCGUAUUGCCUUCCAAUUAAUCACUCUUAUUGCGUUGGUACUGGGUUCUGUAUUGUGGCAUAAGGAAUCGAUCGACUACAAGGCGAGACAUGAACAAAUGCUUCACGAUAAAGCCAAAAAGCGGGAGCAGUUAUGGAUCGAAGAGUUGGAAAGACGUGACGCUGAAUUGCAAGCCAGGAAGAGAAGAGCGGAAGAAUCGCGGGCGGAAUUGCGUCGUGUCGCUGCUGAAGGCUUUCAACAAGAAGCUAGAAAAUCAGCGAACGAUGACGUAUUUGCAACCUCAGAACUGUCGUCUGACAAGUAA